CGCGGAGCAGGGGGCAGGCGCGGGAUUCUGUGCAACAAAACUCAUGUGCAGAGAGAGACUUCAAGAUUCUCUAUGUUGGAAUGCAGGACCCCCCAGUUAUGGCUGUUCUGAGCGGACAUGUGCUAAAGACUCCCUGCAUUUCACUGGAGGCUGAAAUAUUUUCGUAACUGGUUGGAUUGCCCUGCUUGUGGGACUCCUGCUUUUCCCUGAAAAUUACCCUAUACCCCAUAGUCCCUCUCCUUGAUCCCACCCGCGGCCAUGAAUGGGCUGACGGUUACUGAACUCUGCUGUCUUUUCUGCUGCCCACCUUGCCCUAGUCGGAUAGCUGCCAAGCUGGCCUUCCUACCUCCAGACCCCACCUAUUCAAUUGUCCCGGAACCAGAUCCUGCGGGCAGCACCAGCAACGCCUCCUCCCGGAGUGGCACCAUGGCUCGCUGGAAGCUUCAUUUGACGGACCGGGCUGAUUUCCAGUAUACCCAACGAGAACUGGACACCGUUGAGGUGUUCCUUACCAAAAGCAGCCGAGGGAACCGAGUGAGUUGCAUGUAUGUCCGCUGCGUACCUGGCGCCAGGUUCACCGUUCUGUUCUCGCAUGGCAACGCUGUGGAUUUGGGCCAGAUGUGUAGCUUCUACAUCAGCCUGGGCACCCGGAUUAGCUGCAACAUCUUCUCUUAUGACUACUCGGGCUACGGUGCCAGCACAGGAAAACCUUCAGAAAAGAACCUCUAUGCUGAUGUCGACGCAGCCUGGCAGGCCUUACGCACACGAUACGGGAUCAGCCCCGAGAACAUCAUCCUCUAUGGGCAAAGCAUUGGGACGGUGCCCACAGUGGACCUGGCCUCCCGCUAUGAGUGUGCAGCUGUUAUCUUACAUUCACCUUUAACAUCGGGCAUGCGUGUGGCCUUCCCAGAAACCAAAAAGACCUACUGCUUUGAUGCUUUCCCAAAUAUAGACAAGGUGUCCCGCAUCACUUCUCCCGUUCUGUUCAUUCACGGCACCGAAGACGAGGUGAUUGAUUUCUCUCACGGCCUGGCCCUUUACGAGCGCUGCCCGAAGGCCGUGGAGCCCCUCUGGGUGGAAGGAGCUGGCCACAACGAUAUCGAACUCUACAGCCAGUACCUGGAGCGCUUACGCAAGUUCAUCUCACAAGAUCUGUCUGGUUAAUGCAACUCCACCUGCUUGACCCUUCCAGUAAAGACCGCCCGCCUUGACUGGGCCUGGGGAAGCAGAGGAAGCAUUCGUGGCUUUCGAAGGGGAAGGCCGCCGAUGCUGCAAGCUCCACGUUCCCAUCUGCAAAAUGGGGAGUAGUUCUAUCCAUCCUCCCUCUAUCGCAGUCUUAGCCUGCGCAGGGCUCUUGAGUCUCUCCUUCUGGUGGUUCUUCCCCAUCGCCGAGGGCCCUUUCCAGCUGUUCUCAUUUCCAGCUGCUGUCAUGGCUGAAGAUGGGCCUGACCAUCACAGCAAGAUGCCUGAGGACGAAGUCCCGAAUUGCACCUCCUCGCGGGACUCCGAAGGACUCGAGCGUUGCAGACUAUUCUAAAACAUGAACAUCUCCAUCAGGGCUAUCCUCUCUGUGGCCUCCAUCCACCUUUUCACUUUCCUGUUUCAGAUCCCGUUUUCUUAACACUCUGCGUGUGACCCACAGAUAGCAAUAAGCCAUAGGCAGGGUGGGGCGGGAGGCAAAGCACCUUGCAUGCUGGCCAAAAACGGCUUGCUUCAGUUUAGCUGUCCGGCCCAUGGCAGCCCUUGAAGACAAUUGAAUUUCAUUCAGAUUUCCCCAGGGGUGGGGACGGAAAACAACCACCUGUAAUUUUUCACCCGGAAGCCUGCCAAAGGACUAUUUGUGGAAUGCGGCAAGGCUGUUCUACGCGUCCCGGAAUUUAUCGGUGGUGGGGAGUCAUUUGCCAGCUUCAUCACAACUCCUAGAUAUUAUUGUUUUAAUCUUCCACACCCUGUCCCCUCCAGAUGUUCCCAAGGAAUGGAUUACACUUUACUUAACUUUGGGUAUUCAGGCAAUGGGGAACGGGUUGGGUGGGAAUUUGAGGGAAGAAUUCUCCAUCCAUUCAUUUUGAAAGAG